AUGAAAUAUUUCAAUUCUCAAUGUCUUGAUAAAAUUCAUAAUUAUGAGCGGGAAGCUAAACGAAUGAUUGAGCAAAUAUUAUAUUUACAAGAGAAGAAUUUUCAGGCUGUAGUAUAUACACCAGAUGGUGGAAAAAAGCAAUUGCCAUUUAGACGUCAGAGAAUGGAUAUUGAUAGUUUGGCACCUCUUUCCAAGGAAGCUAAAACUUUAAAUAAUGAAAAUUACUGUUGCUCAAUAGCUCAAAUUUGGGAAAAAGCUAAUGUAAAAGGGAUACCUAAGACAUACAAUUUACUGGAAAUUGCAACUAAACGCUGUGAAGAAUUAGAAAGUCAAUUGCAUAAUUUAGAAGAAGAAUUAGAAUUAAAUGAGAAAAAAGUUGAAAAUUUUCGUCAACAAGUUAUUCUAAGAGAUUCUGAAAUCGAACGAUUACGAAGUAUUUCAGAACGUGGUCGUCCAUUAGAAGCUGUACUAAAUGAUUCGACUGAAAAACAAUCGGAUCGAUUAAUUCAACAGUUACAAAUACAAGUUGAUUUAUUACAGACUAGAAAUGCAGAAUUAGAAUCACGCAUUGUAGAUUUAAUGAAUCGAGAAAUUCCAGUUAUACAAUCAUCUACUAUUUCAGUUCAUAAAGAAUGUCAAACAACGGCCUCAUUCGAAUCUAUACUUGUAAAUAAUUCAAGUCAAACAAAUUCUAUGUAUUCUUCCACAUUUAGUGAAUAUGAUUUAAAUUCAGCUGCCGAGUUCAAAAAAAAAAUAUGCAGUGCAAUUGAAAAGUUUGAAAAUGAUCGGAUUAUCUUGACUAAUCAUUUAGAUUCAAUCAUCAUUCAAAAUCGAAAACUUACAAAUGAACUUUCAAGUUAUAUUCGUUCAUCAGUAGUUGGUAAUCGACCAAUUCGUAUCGGUGAACAGAUUAUUAAAUCAAUAGAGAAAUAUCUAAAUGCUAUUGAAGGGAAUCAAAAUCGUUGGCAAUCAGAAAUUGAAGUUGUAGCAUACACUUUAAAGUGUAUAUCUGGUUAUUUUCAAGAAAAAUACUUUGAAACAACCACUAAACAAUUGACAGAUGAUAUAAACCAUCUAACUGAUAACAAAGAUAAGAUGAAACUUGAUUUACAACUUCAACUUCGACGUUCCAAAUCUGCUGAAAUAAACAUAGAUCAGCUUCAAGAUUGUAAAAAUAGUUUAGAGGAUGAAAUGAAGUGUUUACGCCAAGAACGUAAUGAUUUGGUUUCAUUGCUGGAUCAUUUUGAACAACAACUUCAUAAUAUAAAAGGAAAUGUACGAAUUCUUACUCAUGAACGUGAUGUACUUAUGCACGAAUUAUUAUUACAGUCAGAACAAAUAAAUAAAAUCAGCUGUCAUCAAUUGCCAUCUAAUCAACAUACUAUCGAUUAUUCACAAUCAUCUGUUCAAACUAUGAAUCAAGCAAUAGAUACUGAAUUUGGCGAUGAAACUGUUCAGAACUUACAAAUUAUAACCACAGAAAGAGAUUCACUACGUGAAAGAUUACACAAUUUAACUAAUGAAAACAAUCAUCUCAUUCAAUGUUUAGAAAAUAUUAAAAAUGAAUUAAAUGAAGUUAAACAAAAUAAAGUUUCACUAGAACAACGUAUUGCAGAACUUAUAAAAUCUAUUGUUGAUAAAGAAAAUGAAUGUGAUAGAUUAAUUGAAAAAGUCAACUGUCUUGAAAAGCAUCAUUCUAACACUGAUCAAGUUUUAUUUAUUAAAAAUAAUUUACAAGCUGUUCAAGCACAGUUAGAAAAAGUUCAGAAAGAUUAUGAGAAAUCUCGCAAUGAAUACACUAGUUUACAUGUUACACUUCGUCAAAUUGAUCAAGAAAAAGAUCAUCUUCAAAUUUGUUUAGAUGAACGUACUGAACGAUGUUUAACUUUAGAACGUCAAUUAAUCACCAAUGAAACAAGUAUAAAAGACUUAAAAAUUAAUAAUGAAACUUUAGAAAAACGAAUAUUACGACUUACACAAUCGGUUGUUGAACGUGAAUCAGAAAAUCGUGAACUUGUUGAACGUUUAUCUAAAUCAGAAUGUGACCUAAAUUCGACUGUUAAAAAUCAUGAAUUAUUAACAAAAGAAUUAGAGAAAACCAAGAAUGAAGUAAAUAUGUUGAUAAGUGAAAAACAGAGGUUACAAAGUGAAUUAAAUGUUUCUUAUGAUAAACAAAGUGAGCUGGAUAGACGUGUGGUUGAUUAUAAUAAGGAACUUACAAAUCUACGUGAUACAUGCACGUUGAAAGAACAAGAAAGAAUAGAUUUAUUAAAAGAAUACAGGACACUUGCACUUCAGUUAGACGAAAAAAUAACUUUAAUUAAUCGUCUUGAGAAUCAACUAAACGAAUUAGACUAUAAAUAUUCUACACUGGAUAAAGAAUCAUUGGAUUUACGUCAGCAGUUACAACAUCAAAAAAAAGAAUGUCAUGACUAUGCUCAAGUUGUACAAUCGUUAGAGGUUCAGUGUGAAUUACUCAAAAGAACUACUUCUGAUUCUGAGAAUAGAAUCAAACGUUUACAAAUAGAAAAUGAAGAAAUUCAUCAUCAUUUAACAGAUGCACGAAAUCUAUGUGAUAAUUUAGAACGUCAAAAAAAUUCAUUGCAACAUCAAUAUACUAUCAGUAGUUUUGAAAUGAAUCAAACUAAAGCAAAAUUAGUUGAAACAGAACGAGAAUUAGUGGAACUUCGCAAACAAGUUGAUCGAGAACGUGAAGCUAUGAAAAGCUUUGAGUUUGUUUUAGGAUCAAGUCGUGAAGCUGAACAUACAGCCCACCUUGAACUGAAAGAAUGCCAUGCUGAAUUGUCUUCUUUACGUGAACGUUUAGCUACAACAGAAGCAAAACUUUUAGACUCUGAAUCUGAAGCUAAAACAUUACAGAGACAAUUACUAUCACUUCAAGAAACAUCUCAAAAUCAUCGUUCUCCUUCAAUAAAAUGUCAAAAGUUUCUACAUUCAUCAUCAGAUACAUAUGAUCAAAAACAUCUAGGAAGUGAUAUAUUUAAUGGUAGUAUGAGUCCAAACGUUGAUCCACUGCCUAGUCCUACAUCAUCUAUUGAAUUACCUACUGAUUACUCAACAAAGGGAGCAAUAUCUUCACCGGUUCCAUGCCUAACGUUCACGUCAGAAUUUAACGACACAAGACCUAAUGUCAUAUUAUCCGGUUCACAUCAUCCAUCAGAAGUAACAUCGUCUGAUUCUUCUAUGUGCGUCUCUAUAGCUAAUCACACAGGCAACUAUUUUCAUAAACUGACUGAAAAUGAUCCUGUGAACGAAUUGGUAACUAAUGUAUUCAACCCAUUCUCAACCUGUAAAGAUUCUGUUUCUAUGUCUGAUUUUAAUUUUUCUCAAGGUGAUGACAGUGGAAGACCUGUUUCUGAAAACACAGUAUCAAAUGAACCAUAA